CACAAACGAAUAGUAACACAUUUGUGAAAUACAUGAACAGUGUUACCAAAUGAGGAAAUAAGAAAUGUAUGCAAUUUUAUUAUAAUUAUUUUAAAAUAUUAAAUAUAAACAAGCAAGUUACUAUAUCUAAAAAAACAUUUUUAUUACAAUUUCAAUUAAAAAAUGGAUUAAUUUGAAAGAAGAACAUAGUUAUAAACAAGCAAAUUUGUAUAUAAAAAUUUUAUUGAUGAUGGCAGAUCCACUAUUUGAGCAUGAUUAAUGAUUUGCAAUGGCUUUUUAUACGAAUUUUUCGAAAUUAUUUCAUUUGAACAAAUUAUUUCAAAAUCAAGGGAAAAAAUGGCAAAGGAUGAAAUACGUAUCUCCGAUACGAUUUCAUCAAACUAUAGCAAGAAGUAUUAGUAAUUUUGAGAGUUCAAAAAGAGUAAUAAAAGGUGUAUUUAUUUUAUCUUAUAAGCCCAAACACCAAAAACAAAUUUAUAUAAAUAAUUUGUUGACAAAAAAUAUAGAAUGCAAAAAUUUCUUUGAUAUCAUUUUAAUCAUGGCAAGAAUAUUUGUGAUAGGUUCUGUUCUUACCGGAUUGGCUGUUGGAUAUGUUAUUACACGUUUUACACAUGGACACAUGUUCCCGAUAAUUCUUCGAAAAAGUAUUGAAUUUCUUGGACCAAUUUUUAUAAAGUUUGGCCAAUGGGCAUCUACGCGAAAAGAUUUGUUUCCCGAAGAUAUUUGUCAUACACUAUCACAUUUGCAAAAAAGCGCUUCUAUACAUUCAUGGAUUUAUACAAAACAAUUACUUAAAGCUAUAUACGGUUCGAACUGGAGGAACAUAUUCGUAAAAUUCGAACACGAGAUGCCUAUUGGAUCAGGAUGUUGUGCUCAGGUAUACAAGGCAUGGAUAGAUCUAAAUGCUCAAGUGGAUAUAGUACAAGAACCUCAAAUAUCUACGUUUAUUGAAAUUAUCGAAUAUUUAAGAUUCGGUUCACUGAUUACUUUUAUUGAGAGAACAUUUAAUAAUAAAGUUGAUGAAAUACAACAUGGAAAUAUGUAUAUCAAUCGAAAAUUGCAACCAGUAGCAGUAAAAGUUUUACAUCCUGGAAUCAAAAAACAAUUAAGAAGAGAUCUUUCUAUAAUGAGAGGAAUCUGCAAAUGUGCAACAUACAUCAUGCCUAAAUUACAAUGGCUUAGUCUCAUCGAUUGUAUCGAUGAAUUUUCGCACAUAAUGGAAAAUCAAGUUGAUAUGAAUUUGGAAGCGGAGAAUUUGAUUCAAUUUUCCAAAAAUUUUUCUAACAAAAAGGAAGUUAUAUUUCCACAACCUUAUAAGAAUUUUACUCAACAUGAAAUACUCGUGGAAAGUUUUCAGGAAGGUUCUCCAAUUUCUAACUAUCUCGAUGAUCAAAAUACCAAAUUGCAAGGGAAAUUGGCUAGAAUGGGGAUUAAAACAAUUUUAAAAAUGGUAUUUAAUGACAAUUUCAUUCAUUGUGAUUUGCACCCUGGUAACAUUUUGGUACAAACAAAUUAUGAAUCGACUGAAAAAAUUAGUACAUGGUUUUGGAAAUUUAUCGAUCGCAAUUAUUUACCGACUUAUCCACGCUUGGUCAUUCUUGAUUGCGGUUUGGUGGUGUCUCUCAAUGAUCGUUGUCGGCAAAAUCUUAAGGAUGUUUUCCGUUCGGUGGUCAUGGGAAAAGGUGAAUUAGCUGCAGAAUACAUAUUGGAACACAGUUCGCAUGUAUCCAUCGAUCCAGACGGUUUCAAGAAUGCAAUCAAAAAUAUUGUAAACACGCAUCUUCAAAGUAGAACCAAUGUGAAUUUUUAAAAAAAAUUU